GUGACCGAGACCGUGACCUUCGCUGCACGCCAAAACUUUUAUUGUCCCUAAUUCUCGAGAUGGCGAUCAGGUAUCACGGCAUCUGUUGCAGGCCACGCCCCCCCGGGUGUUAACGACAUGGCCUCGGCGUGCUCGACGCCACAUUUGCCCCCGGCUGCCAUGGCGACGGCCUUUGCACGCUGGGGCGCAGAAUUAGACGCUUUUGUGGGUGAAGGUGCUGGUGAAAGGGGGGGGGGGGGACUUCCUGUGGGAUCCGGCCCUUGUUGACGUCUUUCUUUUUUUCCCCGGCAGACGCUGAACGACACCCGCAGCCAGCAUGACUGAGGUAAAGAAGAUGACGUCCGGCCGACGACACCAUCUGAAGAGUGUGAUGCUCCAGUUCGCCGCCACCUGCAUAGAGCAGGAGAGCAAGGACCUGCUGGUGGCCAAGGAGGCCUACAUGGCCGAGAACUGCCCCGCCCCCAACCUCAGUGGAGACAUGGCCAGCCUGCUGGAAAUCUGCAAGAAGAUCUACUCGGCCAUCGACAAGAUCGACGACGCCAGAUACGACGUUGAGGGCAAAGUGCAGAAAUCGGAAAUCGAGAUCCAGGACCUGAGGCUGAAGGUGGUGGAGCUGGUGGGCGUCAAGAAGCCGGCGCUGAAGAAGGUGCGCAUGUCGGCCGACGCCAUGCUGCAGGCGCUGCUGGGCGGCAAGCACAAGACCACCAUCGACCUGCGCUCCAACCUCAAGCAGGUCAAGAAGGAAGUCAAAGAGGAGAACACGGAGGCGGGCGAUUGGCGUAAGAACAUCGAGGACAAAGCGGACAGGAAGAAGAUGUUUGAGACUUCCUGAACGGCGAAAGACGAGCAGGCCUGCCUCAUUUCACCUUUGAC